AGCAGCCCCGCAAAACGUGCAUCGUCGCAGUCUCUCCUCUCUCUUUUUCGCUCGUUCUUUUCUCUUCUCUAAAAAAACCCUAAUUUAUUUAUUUAUUUUUAAAAAAUAAAAAAAGACUGUAUUUUACAACUCUCAAAUUUGUCUGCAAAGCCUAAAAUCAGAAGACAGUAAUGUUGGGCGCUUUAAGGAGAAAAGUUGCGAGCGGACGCUCAUCAGCUUCGAUAUUAGGAAAGUCAUUACAGGCGAUUCGGCCUGGUGUUUCGGCUUCUAGAAUUUCUUCUAAUGCUGGAAAAGAGAUGCUAUCAGUUCAACUGAGAGGGAUCGCCCAUGUUCGGAGCUUCUCUCAUCUUGGUCUGCCUGGAUGUUCUGCUGGUUUAAUAAAAACAAGAGAUGCCAUUUGUAUCAUUCAACCAGAGGCUAUCAUGCAAACAUCAUGCAGGGCUUUCUCUUCUGGAGAUGGGGAUCUCGUUGAUGCUGUUGUCCCUUUUAUGGGAGAAUCAAUCAGUGACGGAACUUUGGCAACAUUCUUGAAAAAACCUGGUGAUAGAGUAAAAGCGGAUGAACCGAUUGCUCAAAUAGAAACAGAUAAGGUAACAAUUGAUGUUGUCAGCCCCCAAGAUGGUGUGAUACAAGAGUAUGUAGCCAAGGAAGGAGAAACUGUGGAACCAGGUACUAGGAUUGCUGUCAUUUCAAAGUCCGCUGAGGGGGUAGCAGCUGCUGCUCCCACUGAAAUGAAAUCCGAAAAAGCUGCUUCUGAGCCAUCUCCUCCUGCUGAAGCUGUAAAAGAGGAUAAGCCAAAAGCUAAAGUUGAAGCUUCUCCUGCUGCGGCGAAGCCUAAAGCCCCUUCUCCACCACCUCCAAAACGAACAGCUUCUGAACCUGUACUUCCACCCAAAGAAAGGGAAAGAAGGGUUCCCAUGACAAGGCUUAGGAAACGAGUUGCUACACGAUUGAAAGAUUCUCAAAAUACUUUUGCACUGUUGACAACGUUCAAUGAAGUUGACAUGACUAAUUUGAUGAAGCUCCGCUCCGAUUACAAGGAUGCCUUUGUUGAGAAACACGGUGUCAAGUUGGGAUUUAUGUCAGGAUUUGUUAAAGCCACUGUUAGUGCACUUCAGCAUCAGCCUAUUGUAAAUGCCGUAAUUGACGGGGAUGAUAUUAUUUAUAGAGAUUAUAUAGAUAUCAGCAUUGCUGUUGGAACUUCUAAGGGGCUUGUUGUUCCAGUUGUCCGUGAUGCUGAUAAGAUGAAUUUUGCUGAGAUAGAGAAGACAAUCAACAAUCUUGCAAAGAAGGCAAAUGAUGGGACCAUUUCAAUUGAUGAAAUGGCUGGAGGCUCAUUUACAAUAUCCAAUGGUGGUGUUUAUGGAAGUCUAUUGAGUACCCCCAUUAUCAACCCUCCUCAGUCAGCGAUCUUAGGUAUGCACUCAAUAGUGUCCCGACCUAUGGUUGUUGGAGGUACCGUAGUCCCAAGGCCGAUGAUGUACAUUGCACUCACUUAUGACCAUAGAUUGAUCGACGGAAGAGAGGCUGUCUUCUUCUUGCGUCGUAUCAAGGAUGUCGUCGAAGACCCUCGCAGGCUGCUACUCGAUGUAUGAACUAUGAAGAUCAAUUAGUAAGAUUUCAUGGUUUUUAUAGCACACAGCAUUUGAUUUUUAUUCCUAUAUAUAUAUAAUAAUAAUAAUAAAGAACCAGAGGAAUGAAUGCCUCAAGUUUUUUGGAAGGUUGCAUUUGUUGAUUCACCCUUUUUUUUCUAAUUACUUUCUGAAAGUACGGAUGGCCAUUGUUGAACCAUAUGUUGGAGUAUUUGAAAUACAAUAUUUCCUGUUUUGUUUUA